CUGUCAAACACCGCGGAGGCGCGGAGCUAUUUAUACCCUAUUUAUAAAAUAAUCCAUUGUUUUUUAUAGCUUCUGGCCAUUAUUUUACAUUAUUAAUAAUGGCGUCAAUUACUCAAUUAUGUAGAAUAGGUAAUAGUGUAAUCGGCGGAUACAAAACAGUGUUUCAGGGAAGGGUGAACUGGCAGCCGUCUUCAGUAUGCAAUUACACGAGGAAAUCGGCGGAACAGAAGCUGGGUAUCGACAAGCCGAAGCGUCCGCUGAGCCCGUUCUUCAAGUUCAUGACCCAGAUGCGGCCGGCGCUGCUCGCCAAGCAGCCCGGCAUCAGCGCCAAGGAGGCCAUCGCCUGGAGCAGCAAGCACUGGCAGCAGCUCGAUGCUGAGACCAAAGCUCAAAUGGCCAAAGAAUAUGAAAAGGACCGGGAGGAUUACAAGAAGAUCAAAGCUAUCUAUGAAGCCUCACUCACAGAUCAACAGAAAAUAGAAAUUAAACAACUUAAAGAAGAAAUGGCUGAAGCAAAAGAAAAGAGGAAAAUUAAAGCAGAAUACAAAGAAAUGGGCCGGCCCAAGAAACCAAUGUCUUCAUAUUUCCUGUUCAUGCAGUCCAGGAAAGAAACAUUUCAGGUGAAGAAUUUGAAAGAACUUCAGGAGAAACUAAAAAAAGAGUGGUCAAGUCUACCGGCUGCCGAGAAAGUGAAGUUUGAGAAGCAAGCCCAAGAUCUCCUUGCCAAAUACAAGAAAGACAUGGAGACGUGGGAGCUUAAGAUGAUAUCACUGGGCAGAUCAGAUUUAGUUCGCAGCAAAACCUUACGCGAGCCUAAACCCCGCAUCCAGAAGACUAAACAAUAGGAACUCGGGUGCUCUGAUGAAUUUGCUGACUCAGAUGUAAAAGUUCACACAUCACAAACAGAAAUAUCCAAAGUAUUUGUUCAACAACCAAUUGAAGAUAAAACCAAACCUGUAUCUACCUCACAAGCAUCUCAGGAUGUUGCACAGAUUACGAAAAAAUAUCCUAAAGUCCAGAAAGUAGGUAAUAAAGAACAUGCAGCUGUUAAGGAAAAUGUUGUGAAAGAGUCAGAAAAUUAUCAGAGCACGAGUGAACAAGCUCAGCCGAAAGUGACUGAUCCUUUUGAUAAAAAUAACACCAAAAACGUGGAUAAAAGUAAGACAAUCUUUAGUAGUAUUAAAGGCUUUUUUAAGUUCUAAGUAGUUUUAUCUCGAAUUAAGUUUUGCUUUAGAUGUUGUCUCCUUUUCUUGUACAGUAGAUUCAUAAUCUUGACAUAGUUUUGUUUAGCUUGUAUGCAUUUCUUUGCUAAUGUUUUUGUCGCGUUUACUUUACAUGACUGAUGUAUGUAUGGGAUAUUUUGAUGCCAUAGAUUUACACAAAGCAUUCAGUGUAUAUUCCAUUUUAGUAACAUAAAGAUUUCAUAAUGUA